AUGGGCGAUGCAGGAGCAUUUAUACCGAUUGGCUGGACUGGCCUCACAGGCUUGGAAACCCACGUCUCCAGAGAGCAAGAAUUACGAAGCAGCGGACCCGGAAUAGGGGCUCCAGCUCCUGCGCAUCUCACGCGAACAUUAUACCUCCCCCACCAUGAUGAGAGCACAUCGCACUUUCCCGUAUUUGACGUCAGUGCCCAGUAUACGGAAAGUAUCAAGCAGCGUGCGAUGGGGACGGCCUCAUACGUGGUUGCCUUAGGACGAAUGCCUAGACCGCAAGCAACUGACGGUGGCCCUGCAACCGUCGUGUACAAUGUCAACCUGGAAGAUGCGAUGGAAAAUAAUGCGGAGGGCUUGAACUUGACAUCAGUAGCCCCAUCUCCAUCAGCUCAAUCACCUGUUCCGGCAAAUGUUACCAUUGAAUCCGCUGAGGACAAAGCCGCCAUGUUCACAAUGAAGCGGCAAGCGGAGGAUGCAGUCGAAUCCACAGAAAACACCCCAAUACCGGUAUCGAUAUCGUAUCCCAUUCCACCAACAACCUUCAGAAAGAAAGUCUACGUGUACCCCUACUUCACUUUCCAGAUCCCCGGGGAAGUUGACGCAUCAUUUGAAUGGCAAAUUCACCCGGUCUCGCAUGGACGCUUGCGAUAUACUCUUGUUCGCGUCCCACAGACGCAAUCGACCGUCGGUUCUGCAACUCCUACCGUCCCUUCAGAUAGAGAUAUGCUUGCCAUAUAUCACCAUGUCGGGGACACGAUCUCAUUUCCACUGCCAUUCAGUGAGGGUGUUCUUCUACUCUCCUCUGACAUGAACCCAGAAACUGAGGCCAUCGUGGUUGCGAGUGCUCUUGGGUUUCUCUGGCAGCUUCGUCGGCUUAGCAACCCAGCUGGACCCAACGGCAAGACUUCCAAGAAAGGACCAUUCGGAUUUAUUAAAGGCCUUCUUGACAGAGAAUAA